AUGAUUCUAAAAGAUGACUUUGGCGUUGCUGCCUGGACAUGGCGAACUGGAAAUUACCUCCUCCUCCUCAUGUCUCUUAUAGCGGCUCAAGUGAAGGCUGACCUUGAGUCGCAAAAGCAUAAACACUACACAUGGAAAGCAGGCCAAUGGGGCCGGUGCAUGGGUGAGACCUGCGGCCCCGGGGGGGUGCAGAGCAGGACGGUGUGGUGUGUCCACGCGGAGGGAUGGACCACGCACCACUCCAACUGUCGCCACGGUGACAAGCCGGAGAGCCAGCGGCGCUGCUUCAAGGUGUGCGAGUGGCACCAGGAGCUCUUCGAGUGGGAGGCGUCCGAGUGGGGCGCGUGCACCCUGGUCCCCGCGGCGCCCGGCGAGGUCAGGGCGAGGACGGUGGAGUGCGUGACCGCGCAGCAUGGGAUACAGCGGCGCGCGGUGCAGUGCGUGCGCCGGUCCAACCGCACCGCCGUCACCGAGCACAUCUGCGAGUUCUUCUCCCCGCGGCCCGCCGCUGAGCAGGCCUGCCUCGUCCCCUGCCCCCACGACUGCGUGGUCUCCGCCUUCUCCGCCUGGUCCGGCUGCAGCAGGACCUGCGGCCCGGGCCUUCAGCACCGCACCCGGGCCGUCCUGGCAGCGCCUGUCUACGGUGGCGCCGACUGCCCCAACCUCACCCAGACCAGAACCUGCGGCAAUCCCCAGCCCUGCCCCGAGGGCCGGGAGGAGCACAGGUACAGCCUGAAGGUGGGGCCGUGGAGCGAGUGCCGGCUGCCGCACCAGAAGGAGGCGCUGCUGGGUGGGAGAACCAUGCUGGACUUCAGCGCCGACGCCGCGCGGAAAAACCCGGUCAAGCAUCACGUCCAGAGCACCACCGCCCACCACCACCACCAUCAUCAUCAUCACCACCACAACGCCAAGACGUGGGACAUCGAGAUCGGAUACCAGACCCGGCAAGUCCGCUGUACGAGGAACGACGGGAAAAACGCCAUGCUGAGCCUUUGUAUCCAUGACAACGCCCCUGUGACAUUUCAGUCCUGUGUAAUGCCCAGAGAUUGUGAGACAUCUCAUUGGUCCCUGUGGAGCCCAUGCUCAAAGACCUGCCAGGCUGCAGAUCUGUCACCUGGUUACCGGACGAGGACCCGCGGCCUGAAGCAGGUCCCUAUUGGUGGAGGCAAAGAAUGCCCCCCCCUCGAGGAAAAAGAAGCGUGCAACAUUGUCGGAGACUUACUUCCAAAGUGCCCAAGGUACGUGUGGAGGAGCACGGACUGGGGCGAGUGCCAGGUGACCCCACUUCUCAGCCAGCAGAAUCGCCGUCACAACAACCUGAGCGCGCUAUGCGGAGGGGGCAUCCAGACCAGGGAGAUGUACUGCGUUCAGGUGCUGGACGACAGCGCUCAGCAUCACUCCAAACAGGUGUCGAGGCCUGUGAGCAGCAGGCUGUGUGCGGGUGACACUCCCUCUGCCGUGCAGCCGUGUUCCAUCCCCUGCCCAGAACAGUGCCUGCUGUCUCAUUGGUCCGCCUGGGGGCCUUGUCUCCACGACAACUGCAUGGAACCACAAGGGAAGAAAGGUUUCAGACAGAGGACACGUUGGGUGCUCGGGGAGGCGGCCGGCGAGAGCUGUCCACACCUCACGGAGUCCAUGCCCUGCGAGGAUCCGGCCUGCUUCGCGUGGCAGGUGGCGUCCGAGGAGCCCUGCGUGCCCAGCGGGGGAACCUGCGGCCCCGGAACCCAAACCCUGGGCCUGAUCUGCGCCAGCGCUCAAGGUGUGCUGGUGCCCAGCGAGCAUUGCCCGGACGACGCCCCUCCCUCCCAGGUGCCCUGUCACCUGUCCUGCCCUGGGGACUGUGUGAUCAGUUCCUGGUCAUCAUGGUCCUCUUGCUCCCACUCCUGCUCCACCAAAAACUCAGAGGGAAGGCAGAGUCGAACCCGUGCUGUUCUGGCCCUCCCUGGAGAAGGGGGAAAGCCUUGUCCCCCUGCCAGUGCCCUGGAGGAGUGGAGAUCCUGCAAUGAGCACCCAUGCAUCGUGUUCUACUGGGAUACCUCUCCUUGGGGACCCUGCACUGAAGACCCAACCAUGAGCUCUUUAAACGGUGCCAACGUCUGGACCAGGGAGCCCACCUGCGCUGUUGGGGUUCAGACCCGCAAGGUGACCUGCAUGAAGAUGGGUGUCGGACAGGUGAUCCCCAAAAGGUGUCCAGAUUCGUCUCGGCCAGACACCGUUCGACCCUGUUUACUUCCCUGCAAGAAAGAUUGCAUUGUAACCCCGUUCAGCGAGUGGACUCUUUGUCCCACCACCUGCCAGCCAGCCAACGCAACUCCAGCCACCCAGUCCCGGUACAGAAUCAUUAUCCAGAGAUCAGCCAAUGGCGGGGAGGAGUGUCCGGACACCCUUUACGAGGAGAGAGAGUGCGAAUCGCUCCCUAUUUGUCCGGUAUACAGCUGGAAGAUGCACAAGUGGAGUCAGUGUGCGCUGGUGCCUGACUCAGUCCGACAGGGAAUGACAGGGAUGGGUGAGUCCUGUGGCAGAGGCCUCGAAACAAGAGGUGUGACGUGCGUGCGCGAGGAUGAUGAUGAACCUGCGGACGUGUCGGAGUGCCUGCAGUGGGCCGGCGCCAUGCCGCGGCGGGUCAGGGAGUGCCAGGUACCCUGCAAAGAGGACUGCACCCUCAGCAGCUGGUCCAAAUUCACAGAGUGCACCGACUGUGGAGGCCAGCGCAGCCGCAAGCGCUCUCUCACAGGCCGCAGCAAGAAGAGGGAGAAGUGUCUGAGGGCGGAGCUGUACCCCCUGCUGGAGACCGAGGCCUGUCCUUGUAAGGAGUUCCUGUCCCAUCCCCAUGGAAACUGGUCUGACUGCGUCCUGCAGGAGAGCCCGGCACAGGGCGCCCUGCAGGGCUGGAGGGCGCACAGGGACGUGAAGGAGUGCGGGCAGGGCCUGCGCUACCGGGCCGUGCCGUGCCUGGACCAGGGGGGCCGCCUGGUGGACCCCUCCCUCUGCACCGACUCAGGGUAUACGGAGGAGGUCUGUCAAAUCCCUUGCCCCCUGGACUGCAAGUUGAGCGACUGGUCGGCCUGGUCAGCCUGCAGCACCUCCUGUGGCAGUGGGGUGAAGGUCAGGUCCAAGUGGCUGCGGGAGAAGCCCUUUAACGGCGGUCGGCCCUGCCCCAAGCUGGACCUGAAGAACCAGGUGUCUGAGGCAGUUCCAUGCUACAGCGAGUGCAGUCAGUACGUCUGGGUGACGGAGUCCUGGUCUGUGUGCACCAUCAACACCUUGGACAAGCUGCCAGAGUGCGGGGAGGGUGUGCAGAGCCGCAAAGUCAGGUGCGUGAGGAAGGGCAGUGAGGUACAGGGGGACCCUGUGGACGACAGCCUCUGUGACCCGGAAGAGAUGCCCGUCAGAGCCCAGACCUGCUUCCUGCCCUGCCCGGACGACUGUGUGAUGUCACAGUGGGGCCAGUGGAGUUCUUGUCCUCUUCCAUGUGACCAGAGCUCAGUGAGGAGCAGGCGGAGGGACGCACUACGCCUCCCUGAAAAUGGGAAAACCUGCCCCGAGGACAACCAGACAGAGGCCUGCAUUCUCAACAGCACCUGCUUCACCUACCAAUACAACCUGUCAGACUGGAGCACCUGUCAGCUGAGCGAGAACGCCGUCUGUGGCCAGGGCGUGAGGACGCGCUUGCUGGACUGCGUCCGCAGCGACGGGAAGGUGGUGGAGCUGAGUGUGUGCGAGGAGCUCGGCUUGCCCAGGGACUGGAAGCUGACCGUUCAGUGUCAGGUUGACUGUCCAGUGAACUGCCUCCUCUCAGAAUGGUCGCCAUGGUCUGAAUGCUCGCACACGUGUGGCAGCCAAGGUCACAUGAUGCGUUCUCGGAGUGUGAUGCAACCGGCCCAUGAGGAGGGAAGGCCCUGCCCGUCCCAGCUCUCCCAGACCAAGCCCUGUCCCAUAAGGCCUUGCUACAGAUGGAUGCUGGGAGACUGGUCCCCCUGCCGUGUGGACGGGGCUGAGUGCGGUGAAGGGGUUCGGCAGAGGAACCUCACGUGUGUGGUGGACUGGGGGGACCCCUCGGAGCCCUCGCCCCCCAAAGCCGCGGACGAGGAGAAGUGCGAGGACAAGCUGAGGAAAACCAGCGAACAGGAGCUGCAGCUGGCCUGCUCCGUGCCCUGCCCCGGUGAUUGCCACCUGACGGAGUGGUCAUCCUGGAGCUCGUGUCAGCUGACCUGCCUGGAUGGGCGAAGCUUCGAAACCACGGGGCGGCAAGCGCACUCCAGGGCAGUGGUCGUUCAGGUGGUGGAGAACCAGGACAACUGCCCACAGCAGGUGUUCGAGACACGUCCCUGCAAAGGAGGGAGAUGCCACACUUACGAGUGGAAGACGAGCGGGUGGAGAGACAAUGAGAGAUCGGUGUGGUGUCAGCGCUCUGACGGGGUCAACGUCACGGGGGGGUGCUUUCUGCAGAACAGACCCAUGACCAUCAGACAGUGCUAUCCCCCGUGCACCAAGCCUUUCUCCUACUGCACUCAGAGUGGUGUCUGUGGGUGUGAGAGGGGGUACACAGAGGUGAUGACCACACACGGAUUCCUGGAUUACUGCACCAAGACCCCCGGGGGCGACAACAAGAAGGCAGAUGUCAAGACUAACUCAGGCAGACUGAAACCCGGGACCUCCCAGUUCCAGGACUUCUUCAGCGAGUGGUCCCUGCAGCCUGUCGGACCCGAUGGCCGAGUUAAGCUGUGGGUCUAUGGGGUGACGGCUGGUGGAUUUCUACUGCUUGUGUUCAUUAUUGCCCUGUCAUUUAUACUGUGGAAAAAAACAACGCAGAACAAGAGCUCCUCUCCCCCGCAGAAGCCUCUCACUCUGGCCUACGACGGCGACGUGGACAUGUAACCACACGCGACCGGGUCAGUCCGAAACACACGCGUCCUACAUCACGGCACGAUCACGUGAGAGACCCGCCUGCAGACGCACGUGCGACGUUCAGAAGGAAGAUCAGACAAUUCUCCAGGGCACGGUCAUUUGGAACAGACGUCUCCAGCUAGGAAUUUUACUGCAUUUUUGAGCAGCAAACAGAAAUAAUGCCAGCAAUUCCAGUCUCACCUUGCAUUGAGAGAACGGGAUUUUGUGUACAAGAACACAAGGACAGAAUCUGUUUCGGAUCAAAGACCACAGUCAAACAUUAACAUGACAAAGAGGAUAGUUCAC